GAAUGCCCUAACAGCAAGAGGAGCAGCAAAAAUAAAGAAAUUUCAAAAUAAGCAUCCAUCUAUCCAUCAUGGCUAGCGAAGCUAAACUCAAGGAAUAUUACGAUGUGGCCCUGGAUCUGGUGAAAAAAUGUGGCCCACUUAUGCAGGAGGGUUAUGAAAAGAAAAAAACCGAUUACAAAGUCAAAGCCGACUUUUACGAUUUGGUCACUGUUUAUGACAAACAAAUCGAGGAUUUGCUAACUGAGGGCCUUUUGAAAGCCUUUCCUGAAUCCCUAAUCAUUGGCGAAGAGGAGUCGGCAGAAUCACAUCGUGAAGCGGUACUAACAGAUGCUCCCACCUGGAUAAUCGACCCAAUUGAUGGCACAACAAAUUUUAUACAUCGCAUCCCGCAUUGUUGUAUUUCGGUGGGUUUGGCCAUUAAUAAAGAGCUGGUGGCUGGAAUUAUCUACAAUCCCCCCCUAAACGAACUAUUCUCAGCAUGGAAAGGUAAUGGGGCCUUUUUGAAUGGCCAGCGGAUUGAGACCUCAAAAGUAACUACGAUUAGUCAAGCUGUUGUGGCCUAUGAGAUCUCACUCAUCCAUGCUGCGCGUGUGAGGGAUAAAAAUAUUAAAAGACUAUAUAAAUUGGGCUCCAAUGCCACUGGUACCCGUUGCUUUGGUAGUGCCGCUUUAACUCUUUGCUAUGUGGCCACCGGCCAAUGUGAUGCCUAUCAUGUGGAAGAUCUAAAGCCAUGGGAUCUAGCUGCCGGAGCUAUUAUAUUAACCGAAGCUGGCGGUACUAUUUGCCAUACAAAGGGUGGUAAAUUCGAUGUGAUGAAACCGGAUUGUGUUUGUUCAGCAACGCCCGAAUUGGCCAAAAAUGUCAUUGCUCUUAUCGAGGAGGCUAAUCAGAUAACUGAAUAUACCUUCAAGUAGAUGAGAUCUGAACAAAGUUUGUUAAAAAAAAACAAAACAAAUACAUGCAGCUCAACCAUUUUGUAUAAAGAUAAAAUUUAUAAAAAUACAUUUGAAACUUUUUCCCGUU